AUGAGCACCUAUCUCGAGAAGUAUUUGGAGAGCAUCGCAAAUCUGCCGCAUGAAGUGAAGCGCAACUUUGCGCUCAUGCAGGAUCUGGACCAGCAGACGCAAGGGACGAUGGACAAGCUCGAGCAGUCGUCGCGCGCCUACUUGAAGAGGAAGGCCAAGGACGCGUCGGUGGCCGACGAUCGGGCUCUACAGAAGAUACGGGACGACUUCAAGCGCGCGAUGGAGACGGGCGACGAGAAGAUCGAACUCGCCGCCCAAACCUACGAGCUGGUGCGAAGCGCGUUCGAUUACGUGGACAAGCACAUUCGCCGGCUCGACGCUGACCUGAAGAAGUUCGAAGCCGAGCUCGAGCAACAAGAAACCAAGGGCAAAGGCAAGGGCACCAAGGCGUCCAAACACAAGGAAAACGGCAAGGGACAAAAGAAGAGCGUGCGGGCAAGCGAGCUUCCGCCGGACGCGGCGCCGCGGCUGUUCAACGUGGACAUCGACAUGCCCAUCGACCCCAACGAACCAACCUACUGCAUCUGCAACCGCGUCUCCUUCGGCGAGAUGGUAGGCUGCGACAACCCCGACUGCCGUGUGGAGUGGUUCCACUUUGAGUGCGUCGGUCUCACGAGCCCACCAAAAGGCAAGUGGUAUUGCAACGAGUGUUCGGUGGUGCGCAAGAAGCAGGGGAUCAUCAAAAAGUAA